UGGGGUAAGGAGAGAGAGAGAGAGAUAGAGAGCGUGAGCGACAAGACAACACACAGGCGAGCAAGAGCAUCACCCUGCAUCCCAGACACUCACACCCAGUAUGAACAUGUCCAGCAGUUCUGCUCUGAUCCAGCAGAUCUAUCCCUUUCACGACGGCUGGAAUGUUGCCUGCUUCAUCAUCCUCCUCCUCUUCAUCCUCACCAUCCUCUCCCUCGCCACACUGGCGUUCCUCUAUGAGCUGCUGGACUGCGCAUGUUUCACCAAAACCAAAACCGUCCGUGACCUGCGCCGCCAGCAAGACGAGGUGGUUUAGUUGUGACCAUGGUGACAGCGGACACAGUCUCCAUAGGAACCACAACAGUAGAUUGGUGGAAAAGGCUGCAGGUUUGGACGGAGCUCAUCAUCAGAUUGGAGUCCCUUAAAACACGCCAGACACAUACAGAGACAGAAGCCCUCUACUCCCACAGCAGUACGCAGCACAGGUGUCUCCAUGGCUUCAAAUAUUACAUUUAGACCAGAAAUAGAGGGAAAAACUUGCUUGCUUAUUGUCUCCUUAUAGUCUGCAUUCAGUAUUCCGGUACUAUUGUGUAAUGAAACUGUAUAUAACACUGUAUUUUAUGAAAUGUGUUUACAUGAAUUGUUCCCUUUGUGUGGGAUGACAAAGUCUACAUGUCAGUAUUAUAGAAUUAAUAUUCUACAUCCAUUAUGAUUCUACUACUAAAGAUGAUGUUUGUAUGUGUACGUUUACAUUCACUUUAAGUUGAUAAUGAAAGUUCUAUCUACAUCAAGAAGCACACUAAAGGCCAAUUAUUGCAUCUUUGCAAUGCCUUAAAAUUGUGUAUUUAAAAUUAUAUAAUAAAAAAAAAAAUCAUACAA